GGCGCAUGCGCGGCCGCCCCUCGCCCUGCGCCGGGCAGCGCGGCGGGGCGCGGAGCGGGCGCGGGUUCGCCGCCGCUGCGGGCAGGUGCGGGCGGGCGGCACCGGGAGGCACCGGCGGGGGGGCCGUGCCUGCCGCCAGCCGCGAUUGGCCCGGCCCGGCCCGGCUCGGCCCCCUCCGGGGGACCCGGCCAGUUACCCCCCCCCCCCCAGUCCCCCCCUCCCCUCCAUCCUUCGCGCCCCGCUUUUAAGCCCCCGGUGCCGGCGGGGUGCUCGGCUCCACCGGCGGCGAUGACCCCCUGUGCGCCGUGAGCACGGCCCCAGGUCAAGGAUGGUCCAUGUGAUGGGGGAUGCCGGCUGCUGGUUCCUGCUCGGGCUCUCCCUCCUCCCCAUCGUCGUCCUGGGCUCCCAGGACGAUGGGAAGGUGAUCCACAUCAACAGGGUGCAGCACCAGGCCGUGCACGUGGGGCUGGGGGAGCCCGUGGCCCUGCCCUGCCUCUUCCUGCUCCAGCCCUCCGCCUCGCUGGGGCCCAACGAGCCCCCCGACCCGCCCCGCGUCAAAUGGAGCAAGGUGCGCUCGGCCACUGGCCAGAGGGAGGAUGUCCCCAUCCUGGUGGCCAAGGACAACGCGGUGAAGGUGGUGAAAGCCUACGAGGGCCGGGUGUCCCUGCCCGGCUACUCCCGCGACCGCUACAACGCCACGCUGCUGCUGCGUGCCGCCCGCGCCAGCGACGCGGGGCUGUACCGCUGCGAGGUGGUGGCCGGCAUCGAUGACGAGCAGGACCUGCUGCCCUUGGAGGUGACGGGCGUCGUCUUCCACUACCGCCCCGCGGGCGAGCGCUAUGCACUGACCUUUGCUGCCGCCCGCCGCGCCUGCCUGGACAACUCGGCCGUCAUCGCCUCGCCCCAGCACCUCCAGGCCGCCUUCGAGGACGGCUACGACAACUGCGACGCGGGCUGGCUGGCCGACCAGACCGUGCGGUACCCCAUCACGCUCUCCCGGCCCGGCUGUUACGGAGAUCGCAACAGCCUCCCCGGUGUCCGCAGCUACGGCCAGAGGGAGCCCGGGGAAGAGUACGAUGUCUACUGCUAUGCCCGGGAGCUGCGAGGGACGGUGUUUUACGCCACGGUGCCGGGGCGGUUCACCUGGCAGGGGGCCCGGAGGCACUGCCGGAGCCAGGGGGCUUCCUUAGCCACCACCGGGCAGCUCUACCUGGCGUGGCACGAGGGCCUGGACCGGUGCGACCCAGGCUGGCUCGCCGACGGCAGCGUCCGCUACCCCAUCAGGCUCCCGCGCAGGAAAUGUGGCGGUGAGGCCUCGGGCGUCAGGACCCUCUACCAGUUCCCCAACCGCACCGGCUUCCCCCCCGCCACCUCCAAAUUCGACGCCUACUGCUAUAAAGCACACACGGCCGUGGGGCAGAGGGAGCCGGAGGAGCCGGUGCUGCCCGCGCCCGACCCGCUGGGCAGCAGCAACGUGCUGGUGGAGCACGGCGAGGACUUGGACACGUCGGGGGACACCCGGGACGCCCCUCGUGACCGCUAUGGCCUCCUGCCGCAGCCGGGACCCGCGGGGCUGGGUGAGGAUGAGGACGAACAGUUGCGGCCGGCGAGCGGCAGCCCAGCAACACAGCGCGGUGACCUCCCCAGGGCUGCGCCGUCAUGGGUGCCGGCAGCUCCUGGCCUGGGGCUGGGUGAUGGCACGUCGCUGCCUCCCACCGUGGCCGCCUCGCCGGCAUGGCCCCACGAGGAUGAAGCUCUCAAUGUGGUGGAUCAGGCGCCGGUGAGCUCUUGGCAGGAUCCGGCCAACACCAGCCCAGCACCACCGGUGCAAGAAGCCCCUGGCCCCGAGGAGCCCCCGGCCGCCCUCCUGCCGCGGUCCCAAAGCCCAGCUCUGGAGCACGUCACCGGCUCACCGCCGGCACCGCCUGGGCUGGGGACGGUCCCCGGCAUGGCAGCAGAGACCCCCAGCACCCCACCGGCCAGCUCCCGUGCCCCACGGCGGAGCAGCUACGCUGGGCUGAAUGGGCGCUACUUCCAGCUGCAGCGGCAGAGCCGGGACCCUGCGGUGGCUGGGGACCCCACAGUGGCUGGGGACCCAGAGGGGAUGGUCACCCAGGCCCCUGUCCUGGCCCUGGAGGUGAAGGGGGCUGCAGCCAGCGCAGUGGAGACGUGGAGCAUCCCCCGUGCCGGUACCGAGAGCCUCCAGCGCGAGGGCACCUACUCACCCUCCAACGCGGUGGAGGAGGAGAUCGGCCCCGAACUGAUGGCACUGGCCACCGCCCCGGUGUCCCCCUCGCCACAGGCGCCUGCCCGGAGGGAUUCACCGUGGUGGAGCCCUCGCACGGCCCCCCGCAAUCCUGGGGGACCCACACGGACACCCCCUCUGCCGUCCCCAUCCCUGCCUGCCUCCACCGUUCCCCACAGUGCUCUGGGUCACCGGGACGUCGCCACGGUCGAGGCUCAGCCCCGUGUCCCCAGCGCCCGCGGGGACUCCCCCCGGCCACCUGCAGAUGCCACUGAGGACUUCUCCGGGGACGCCCUCUCCCAGGAGAACAGCGGCUCCGUCCCGCCGCGGCCCCCGCUGCCCCCAGCCCCACUAGUGGCUGAGGGCCCCGAGAUGGCCCCGCAGCCCCAUGGUGACGGCGGUGACAGCAGCGGGGCCCCAGGCGAUGGCUCACUGGAGAGCAGGAGGAAAGCGGUGACCUUCUUCCACCCGGCCGGCCCCUCCGAGGAGCACCCUGCCACCCCUGGCCCCACCGAGGCAGCUGCUCCCCGGCCCUGGGGGGUGCUGAGCCCCACAGCUCCCUAUGGGCCAGCCAAGCCGCCGGCUGAGCCCAGCCACGAGCAGCCGCCCGGGUACGGGGAUGCCGGGAAGGGCUCAGCCGAGCCAGGCGGCGAAGGAGCCGCGUCCCCCCUGGUGCAGGAGGUCCCCUCGCCUUCGCUUUCCCCUGUGGCCAGUGAGGUGCCCCUGCGGGCCAGCACCGAGCGGCCGGUGGAGGUGGAUGUGCUGGAGCCAGGGGCCGAGGAGGGGUCCACAGGCUUCGCCCCCGUGGCCCCACAGCCCACCAGCCGUGCUGCACCGGAGCUGGGGGGAGCCGAGCAUCUCCUGCCCCCCCCGACCCCUCGGCAGUCCCUGGCCAGCCCCAGCCCCCCGGGUGUCCCCAGCCACGAGGAUGCACAAACGACCCACGGCGAGGAGGAUGCCUCCGGGGAGGUGAAGAGGGAAGAGCCCCCUGCGCCCCCCGGCUCAGCCACCCGCAGCCCCUGGCUGUCACCCACCGCCCCCCACCCAGGGCUGCCGGAGACGCCCGAGUCCCCAAGCACGGGGCUGCUCCUCGAACCCUCCACGGUGGCGGAGCUGGGGGGGCCGGGGGGGUCCCCGCUGCUGGAUGCCGACAGCGGGAGCGGCGAGGAGCCGGGACUGGAGGAGCGGGAGCUGCUGGCCUGGGCGGGCACCGGCAACGCCAGCCGGCACGCUCCGGCCGACCCCUGCCAGAACAACCCCUGCCUGCACGGCGGGACCUGCCGCGCCAACGGCACCGUCUGCGGCUGCAGCUGCGCCCCGGGCUUCACCGGGGAGAACUGUGAGAUCGACAUCGACGACUGCCUGUCCAGCCCCUGCCAGAACGGCGGCACCUGCAUCGACGAGGUCAACUCCUUCGUCUGCCUCUGCCUGCCCAGCUACGGCGGCAGCCGCUGCGAGAAAGACACGGAGGGCUGCGACCACAACUGGCACAAGUUCCAGGGUCACUGCUACCGGUACUUCGCCCGCCGGCGCUCCUGGGAGGAUGCCGAGCGGGACUGCCGCCGCCGCGCCGGCCACCUCACCAGCAUCCACUCGCGGGAGGAGCACGGCUUCAUCAACGGCUUCGGGCACGAGAACACCUGGAUCGGGCUCAAUGACAGGAUCGUGGAGCAGGACUUCCAGUGGACCGACAACACCGGCUUGCAAUACGAGAACUGGCGGGAGAAUCAACCCGACAACUUCUUUGCGGGCGGCGAGGACUGCGUGGUGCUGGUGUCCCACGAGAUCGGCAAGUGGAACGACGUGCCCUGCAACUACAACCUGCCCUACAUCUGCAAGAAAGGCACAGUGCUGUGUGGGCCCCCGCCGGAGGUGGCGAAUGCCUUCACGGUGGGGAAGAAGAAGGAGAAGUACAGCAUCCACUCCAGCGUGCGCUACCAGUGCGAGGAGGGCUUCACCCAGCGCCACGUGCCCACCAUCAAGUGCCACAGCACCGGCAAGUGGGACCGGCCCAAAAUCCUCUGCACAAAACCCAGGCGGUCGCACCGAGCGCGGCGUCACCACCGCCACCGUCACAGCCACCCCCACCACCAGCACCACCACCACAAACCCCGCAAGGAGCGGCGAAAACACCGCAAGCACCUCCGGCUGGACUGGAUGGAGGAGGGCCACUACUUCUAGAGCCGGGGGACGAGGAAGCACAAGGCCCCCCCCCCCCGCCGGCCGGGACCAGCCGGGUCCCCGACGGGAUGCGGUGACGUUUCCCGCCCCCCUCCCACCCCCCCUCUUUUAUAACCCCCCUUGGCUUUAGCUCCUAGGAUGCCCGGCCCCGUAGGGAAUAGGAUCCAGAGGGGGCGGCUGCGUGUGCGUCCCCAGCCCUCCCUGCAUGCCCCACGCUCAGCCCCCCCGACCCGGGGUCGAGCCCCCAGCCCCGCACGGGGACCCCCCCCAGCCCCACGCAGGGAACCCCCCAGCCCCGCGCGGUGGCUGUUCCCGGCUGGGCUCUGGCCCCCUCCCCAAAGGAGGGGGAUUAAUCCGCCAGCCCCCCCGCCCCCCAUCGCCCACCUCGGCCGUCGUGUCUCACUGACCCGGGGUGGCUCUGGUUUUUUAGCAGCCCCCACCCCCCCAUCUUCCUGCCCGUGGGGCACCCCCGCGGCCGGCACGGGGACCCUGCCUGGUGGGGGGGGGACACAAUGCCGCUGGGGCCGGCAUCCCGCUCUGCUGCCUGGUUUGGGGGUUGAUUUUUAUUUUCCCUUUCCGUUCGUCGUCGGGUCCCCGUUGGAGUUGGCGUGUGUGUGUGUGUGUGUGUACGGCGCUUUCUGAUCUCUGCUGUUUGCGACGUGACUGCCGUGUCCCGAGCCCCAUCCCACCCCCCCCCCGCCAUUUCUGACUCUGCCUUUCUGUACUGCUGGACAUUUUAAUAAAUUUUUUUAACAGUUG